AUGUCGGCUGAUGAAUUGGCGGUAAGAUACGGGAAAUUAGAGGCGUUCGAGAUUGAGAAGAAGAUUGGCAAAGGGCAAUUCUCGGAAGUUUAUCGAGCCAGAUGCAAAGAGGAUAACAAUGUGGUAGCGCUGAAGAAAGUUCAAGUUGGUUGCUUAUUUGCACAUAUGAAGAAUUUGAUAUGA